CUCCUUUACGUGGGUAAUGUUCCGGUCAUCCCAGGGCGGUCACAUCGAUCAUCGGCCAGUCUUUCGGGUUCCACGGAGUGGCCUAAGGUUCGUGACUAGUCACUGUUAUCACCGACGGCUUGAGAUGGAAACAGGGAUGCAUGACACGCCAACUCGGGCGGCCACGCCCUGUCAGCGGCGCGAGUUAGUUCACAUGCAUGUGAACGCAUGUAAUGCUUGAAGGAAGUUCAAAAGACGCCCGCUGUGCGUGCAGCACAGGCAUUCCUGAUUAACUGAUUGCUGGUAACAGGCUUCCAUUGCACGCCUCAAAGCCCACCGGUCUCGCCCGCAAGAAGCAGCCACGGCACCUCAGGGAUACAGGCAAACACUUGAAGAACAGAAUCCCCACUCACCUUCACGGUCCUUGAGCUCGGUAUCGUCUCGAUAAUGCCUAAGUCUGUCCUUAUCACCGGGUGCACCGUUGGAGGCAGUGGACACGCACUUGCGCGCGAGUUCUUGGCGAAAGGAUACCGUGUCUUCGCAACGGCUCGUCAUGUUGAAUCCAUGGGGGACCUAGCGACGGAAGGAGCGGUUACACUUGCCUUGGAUGUUACAGAUGAAAAUUCUGUGCGGAAGGCGCGCGAUCAGGUUUCCGCCAGCACUGGCGGAACAUUGGACAUCCUGGUCAAUAACGCGGGACAAUCUGCCCUUAUUCCAGUGAUCGACAUGCCCAUGUCAGAGGCGCGUGCUAUCUUCGAGGCCAAUUUAUUUGGGCCGGUCUGUAUGGUUCAGGAAUUCGUACACCUCCUCAUUGCAUCGGGAGACGGUCGUAUCGUCAACAUCGCCAGCAUCGGCGCCGUCAUGCCGCUGCCAUUUUGCGCUAUUUACAACGCGACCAAAGCGGCGAUCGUAUCGCUUUCAAACACGCUGCGCUUGGAGCUGGCGCCAUUCGGCGUCAAAGUCGUCACAGUAAUGUCGGGAAGCGUGAAGACCAACAUUGUCAAACCGCACACACUUCCGGUUGGAUCCAUGUACGAACCGUACGAGGAACUUUACCAGGAGAAGAGAGUCAAGCCAAUUAUGAUGGACGCCAUGCCUCCUGAAGACUACGCUCGUGAAGUAGUGUCUCAGGUAAUCAAGCCCUCUCCACGAAACUGGCUUUGGGUUGGAACACAUUCAUUCUUUUGCUGGUUUGUUGAUACGUUCUUUGGUCAGCGAGCAUUCAACUUCAUAUUCAUGCAGAAGUUCGGUCUCUCUGAAUUUUCGGCGAUGGUGAAGGAAGGCAAGGCAAAGACUGUGUAAUCACGAUUGAACACGAAUGUAGUAGUACUACCGGCGUGUUACUUCUCAGAGACAAUGUUCCGUACGAUUGCAGAAUUAUCAGGGUGUUCCACUUCGAGUACUUAAUGCCAAAUGGCAUUCACGCGU